AUGGGCUCUGCAGUGCGUCACUUUAACCUCUACACCACCGAGGAUUUGCUGAUAAUGAAUGGUUUGAGUAGAAUAUAUAUAGCAACAACCCUAACCCUAACCCUAACCCUAACCAUUACUUUGUGUACGAAUCAUUAAUCUGUCAACGUCAGUUUGGCAGAUGGAAAUAAGUGUUGACCCAGCAAAAAUUGCAUGCGCUGGCACUUGUUGAAUUAAGUUUAAAGCUACAACAACUCCAUUAAGCUUUUUUUUUUUGGCGGUGGUAGAGCUGAUUUCUCAUCUACCUAUGUAUAGUCAAACCCUAUUAAUACGGACACUGAGGGGACCAUAGAAAGUGUCAGUAUUAACGGGGUGUCAGUAUUAGAUGGGUUAAAUUUAGAGAAAAUGACUAAGGGCUUUCUUUUCCCUUGCCAGGGACAAAGCAAACUGUCCGUAAUUUAUGUAAUGAGAUGUCCAUAUUAAACGGGUGUCCGUAAGGCGGGGUUUGACUGUAAAAUAAAGCAGAAGACCUCGGACAGUUAUAUCUGAAUUGGAACACGUGUUCUACACACAACGCAGGCCCCGGUUGUUCAAACGUUUUUUAGCAUUUUCCACUAGAUAAAUCACUAUCCAAAAGAUAAGUAUUAGGGAAACCAACUGCACUAUUCACCCGACAGAGAUUUAUAAGAUGAAGAGCAUUUUCCACCUUUUGAACAACCAGGGGCCAGGACCUGAGCAUGCCAAUCGCAUCGCACAAUUCUAACUAGCGCCGCUUCUAGGUUUAUAAGUAUUUUAUUCAUCAGUUACCCGAGCGGGCGUUUAAUUAAUUCAGUUAGCACUCAUUAAAAUGACCGUUUACGAUUACAUGUUAUUCAUUUGAUCGAUUCCCUUGCAUUUUUAGUGAAUAAGUGCUAAAUGUUAACCAAAAAUAGAUGUAAAAAAAACAGCUCAUUGAACGUUUUUUUUCUUUUCAGUAACAACUGUUUUACCUAGGAUAUAAUAAGUCUUCAAUGUUCUUUUCAGAUAACUUCUAAUAUUAUUCUUUGUUUAUUCUACCAUCAGAUGCCCUGUUCCAUGAGAAUCAUGCUGUCGGUAUUCAUCUUCCUCUUUAGUUUUUCAGGUAUGAACGUGAAAUUCAUGCUCACUCGCUCUGGUAAAUGUAUAUUUUUUCCAAUAAAACAAUUGGUUAGUUCGAUUACACCCCAUCAUUUAUUUACUUAUUUUAAACAUUUUUCUGAAAGGAAGUUGACAGAAAUUCGAUAACCAAAGGAUAUUGCAGAAGCAAAACAUAACUUAAAAUGAAAUGACAAGUGUGGAGAAAAGAACCCAGAAAAAAUUCUUGAAUAUUAUUGACGUUGAUUUUGGACUGAUUUGGAACUAUUUAAACACAUCUUUAGUCGAGCUUGCAUUAGCUGUGAGACUUAAAAAAUACAAGCGUUUCUUUUCUUUUCCUUUUUUUCCUAGCGGAGACCUAGAGGAUAAGGAUUGUGACUACUUUCAUCGUAUACAAAUGAGUUUCGUGAUGAGCAUGCGGUUUAUUAUCGGCGAUGACUAAAAUGACGCACCAAUUUGAUCACGUUUUGGCUGUUUGGAAAUGAUGUAAUUUUCCCCGAUUCGAUGCCAUUGAUUUUCGUGUAAUUAUACCCAUGUAUUAAAAAGUGAAUACCCCGAGGAAAACUCGACCUUCAGUGAAAUAGGAUGUGAGAAAAUAUUAUAUGAGGGGAAAUCCUAUUUUGUUGUGUAUUGAGGCGUUACUUUUCUCAUAAUAUUGAUGCAAUUACUGAAACUCUACGGUUAUAUAGCAGUCUGGUUAUAUAGAUUCAAUGUUGCAACAAUUAAAUACAUACAACAAAGUGAAUCUAGAUUUUCGCAGUUGUUUAGAUGUGAAGUCACGUUGCACUUUAUAAGCAGUUGAGAUAUCAAUGAUUUAACCUUCAACAGAAACUUCUACUGGAAGCAACUUCAACUCCCCCUCUGACGUUACGUAUGUGUCACGGGUGUGUUUAUACGGGUAGCAUUGUACUUGACUAUCACGCACUCUCCUUGCGGCACUUCAUGUCCAUAGAAUAGAAAGGUGCGAAAGAUGUCGAGCUUUUCCGGAACGGGUCUGUCCACGAAUUCUAUAGUUUGAAAGCGUUAAUUACUUUGGAACAAGUGAUUAAUUCAGUGGUCGAAAAAAAGAGCAAUCUUAUCGAGCAAAACUUCGAUAGGCUAACUGGUCGGGUGUUGUAAACUUUCACUGUAUGCAAAUGAGUCUUGUGAUGAGCAUGCAGUUUGUUUUCGGCGAUGAUUGAAAUGAUGCGCUGUCUUUAUCACGUUUCCUUGAUUUUCGUCUAUAUACACAAGCGUUCUAAUUAACUCAAAAAGAAAUCGUCGAAAACGAUAUAAAAAAUAAAUAUCCUGAAGGAUACUCGACCGUCUAUAGAGUAGGAAUUAAUAUCAUUUUAGCGAGCAAAUCCUGUUUCGUGUUGAGUUAAUCGCCCCCUAGACUGAGAGCAGUCUCUUAUUUUUCUUUUGAGACACAGCAGGUCGAGAGCAGAAUUUUACUUUUUCGCUCGCCGCGCGUGCCUGUGAGGAAAGAAGAACAACCAUUCGCGGUCUAAUCGCCUCCUCAUUUCUUAUCUUAUCUCCAAGCAAGUGGGACUCAACGCUACUAGGAGCGUCCUUGUUUGUUACUUAGACUUGAAAAUCGCCGCUCCGAACAGUCGGCUUUUUAGACUACUUAUGAUUAUAAUUAAUCCCAAACAAAAAUCAACGAUAUAAAAGUAACUUGACGUUCCGAUGACUUCAUGUCAUCAUUAUUAAAUUCUAAAGCUAGGACAUUAACAUGGUUUGUGUAUCUCUGUUAAUUUCCUAGCUUUUAAUUUAACAGUGUUGACAAGAAGCAAUCGAAACGUCAAGUUUCUUUAUAUCGUUGGUAUCUCCAAGCAAACGGAAUUCGGGAAAAAGGAAUUAACUGGGCGUGACAAAAUACAGGGAUUCAAUAAAAAAAAAUCCCUCGUUAUCCCCAUUUUAAAUUACUAUUAUUCGUGUUUAUAGGGAAUCUCAUAGUGCACGGUGAAUCUACGUACGGUCCUUGGGGUGAAUGGUCCGAUUGUGAAGUCUCUGAAGGACAAGGCAUGAUGACCAGAACACGGAAAUGUGUAGCGACGAACUGUCCACAAACAGGAGAAUACCGUGAUGAGAUGCGCUGCUUUGUAAAACCUUGCAAUUGUAAAUGUGCAGGUGAGUUCUCGAAUAAGAUUCCAGCUGCAAGCAAGUUACACAAGUCACCCAGCCCCUUCCCCCCGAGGGUAGGUUACUCGACAAACAUUUCUACGGGGAGGCUCCGCACUGAAGUCCUGCCCCCUAACAUCAUUUUACGACUUAAAAUAAAUGUAAAUAACUCGCUGCAAUUUUCUUUUCUGUUUUCAUUAUUUCUGUUAUCUUCUUUAUCGAUACUUUUUUUUUAAAUAUAAUUUUUUUUAUUGCUAGGACCAGAGGAAUCAACUACAUCAAGUGGUAAAUAGUCCUGUGUUCGAUGUUUUAUUAUUAUUAUCAUCAUCAUCACCAUUAUCAUCAUCAUCAUUAUUAUUAGAUUUCUCAGUCAACGUAUUAUUUCCUUACGAUCAUCUUCUAUACUUUAAGCAUCAACAAAACUUUAUGAUUUCUCGUUGACCUUUUCGUUCGCUGACAAAGCGCACUAAGUUUUUGUGUUAGAGAAUUUUCGUAAAUUUCUCACUCCCAACUUUUGUUCUUCAGCAAGUUUCCCAUUAACAACCUUCUUUUUUCUUCCUGUGUUGUAUAGCAACAGAAAAAUUAACCACAGAAGGUUGGUAUUACUUAAUAUUAUACUUUUCGAUUCCUCACUCAAAGUGUCAUAACGUUUUUUUACAAUUUAAGCCCUUUCAACGUAAUGACCUGUCAUUUGACCACAAAGCACCCGUUUGCAUUGCCGUAAUUGCACAGCAUUGGUCACAUAAUAGUUAAUAUUAUUUGCGAUUGAUUUCUCGAAAGCGCAUUCAGGCACUUAAUAACGUUUCGAAAGUGCUCGAUAGUUUUUGUAUCUAAGUGGGCCAUUCAUUUUCCUAACAACCCCUUUGUCUUUGUUUCUGUUUCGCUUGCUGUUAUUAGAUUAACGAUCUCAAUUCUUAAUAAAAAUUUUUUAUGCUUGAAAUUCCCAGCAUUCUUUUCAAUCUACGCGACUUCAGUGACUUCACAGUAAAUAGCGUGAUAUCCAUCAAUUUAAUUGCUAAAAAAAAUUCCUUCUCUGUUCUUUUAAAAAGAACUAAAUGACAAUAGCUUAAAUGACAAUGACCUAAACUGCCGAUCAGAAAUAAAAAUUUAAAGAUAUUAACAUCACAGUCGGAACUUUCAGACAUCUGCAAGUCCAAAAACUGACCUUUCCGUUUACUUAUAGCGCAAAGUACUUGUUUACUUUGCGGUUACUGCAAAGCAAGGGUCAUGUCAUUCAAAUCAUCUAUUUUAAUUUAUUUCUUUGUUAAUUUAAUUGGUUUUACUAUUAAGCCAGUAGCAAAAUGAUUUCCAUGAUACAUGUAUUAUUUUGCCUGAAAAUUCUUUCUUUUUAUUAAUUGCAAGGCUUGUUUAGUCUAACCGAUGCUCAUAAUAAAGAACUGAGAUAAAAUUAAAAAAAUUUUUUGAACAAAUUAAACAUGUUUGUAGAGGUUUUCGAUGGUAAAUAAUCAUGACUGACUUUUUUAUCGGCUUAUUCUUAUCAUUAUUAGACAGCUUUAGAUUCGAGGAUGAGGAAGAGUAAUAGGACAACAUUUAAUUUUUCAAAAGUUCUGUCGCCUUUUCUCUAAAAAUAGACACCGGCCCUGCAAAGCAUCAUUGUACCUUUCUUCAUCACAAAAGUUAGUUCGCUUAUUUCCGUUCAAGGAGUUAAAGCCCUCUCUUGAUCGCUAAAUGAUAAAAUUCCUAACAUUUGAUAACUUGUUUUCGUCACUACGACAUCCGUAGUAGAAUGACGAUGGCUAUCACAUUUUCCCGUCAAAUGACUUUGGUUCGCACGCGCGCGAAACUUAGUAUUGGAAAAAUCUCGUUCUCUGAGUCGUCCUCGUCUUAGAAUCUAAAGCUCUCUAUUAUUAUUGUGGUUGCAGUUUUCCUUUUCCCUUGUAUUAAUUUCUCAGUCAACUUUAUACAAGGCUCAGCAUUUUUAUUAUAAAACCGUUCCUGCCUUACGUUCUAACAAAACGACAUGAUCAAACGUUAUGAAAAUGCGUGUUUUAAAAAAUGUAAUAAUUUUGAGUAUAAGAACAAGCGUGAACUGAAAUAAUUAUUAAAUUCCCCAAGGUUUACAUUUUUUCUUUUUUCUUUUUUUCUCAGUUUUGUUGUUACAUUAUUUAUUUCCUAUUUUUGGCCACUUUUGUUCCGUCUGUCUCUUUUCGCAAUUGAAUAAGGCGACGGAAAAAUCCUUGAAUGAAAUUUUUUUGUAACCAAUUGAUAAUAGCGCACGUUCGAUAUAUUAAAAUUCUAACAUGACUCCGAGGUUUUCUGGUCAUUUUUCUAUCUUUGGCUUAGUUUUCUUUGUGCUCAAGUCUCCUCUGGGAAUUGCCAGACAAUGUAGUGGUAAAAAAAUUGCAGUUUUGACCCUAAAGCCUCGGAGUCAGGUUAGAAUUUUAAUAUAUCGAACCGUCAGCUAUUGAAUAACAUUUAUUUACUCAGUUAUCUUUUUUUAAUGUAAUUUGUUAGUCGAAUCCAGUUAUCCUUAUCAGUAUUUCCAAAAUUUCACUUCUUGUUUCCUACUUAGUACCAGAAGAAUCAACUAUAAGCAAAAGUGGUAAAUAUUCAUGCAAGCUUCUUGUUGUUGACAUUUGUUUUAUUUAGAGUUCUCAAACAUUUUAGAUUUUUCAUUCAUCUAAUUAUGACAACAUUUUUGGUCUUAUUUAAUUUCAUUUCUCUUUACCUUAACAACCAACAACAUUAUUGACCAUAAUUUAGUUUCGGCUGUUGGCGUAAAUUAAAAAAUUGCCUUUUCUUUUUGUAGGAGGAGAGGAAUUGAGCACAAGUGGUAGAUAUUCAUGUUUAAUUGUUUUCCUUUAUUUUGCUUCCUUGGUAGGUUUUUAUGUUUUAGUUUUUUCUUCGAAAAUAUUCGCAGGGCUUCAAUAACUUGAGAAAAUUUUGCCAACAAAAACUGUUGACUUUCCAAACCUUUUCAUUACUAGUAUCUUUCAAAUCUUCAUUUUUCCUGACUACUUUUUUUUUCUAUAUUGUUUAGCAUCAGAGGAAACAACCACAGAGGGU